AUGAGUGAUAGCGAAACUGAGCAAAAUGACCCAGAAUUAUUGAUUGAUGAUGGAUUGGGUAACAUAAGACGAACCAAGCAACGCCAGAGAAAUGAUUUACGAUUGAAUUACGAUACAGACUCGGGAGAUGAGAUAGUGGCAAAUCAACAAGAGGACCAAACGAAGGAAGACGACAACGAUGACGAUGAUGACAUGUUUGCGAGCGACAAGGAGGAUGAGGUCAAGGUUGAGGAAACCACAAAGGGCCCGGAGCCACAAUUCCUCGAUGUCGAUGAGUUUGAGAAGCAAGAAGGUAUUGGAAAGUAUGAUGCGGAAACAAGUUACAUAUCAAAAGAAAAUGACCAUGAGUCCCACGAAGGAGAAGUCGAUGAUGUUGAUGUUGCCCGAUACUACAACGAAAUAGAGGACUUUGAUGGCGAGAGGGUUACCAAAAAGGAACCAAAGCUCGAGGCAUUUGACCUUAAAGAAGAAUCUACCGAAGGGAAAUUUGAUCUCGAUGGAAACUUUAUACGACAUGACCAGAAAGAAGAGCCCAAUGCUGAAGAUGAAUGGCUAGAUGGGUACAAAAAGCACGAUAUUGCAAAAGCAAAGGCAGCUCAGGAGAGACGUGAAUUGGCUAAGAAACGAAAAAUGCUUAGUGACGAAGUAUCAAGUAUUCCAGAAAUAUUAAUACAGCUUAUUCCACAUCUAGAGCCAGCAGAAACCCCUAUAGAGGCGUUGGCCCGAUUAAACCCUAAAAAACUGAAGAAAAAGACUCAAGAACAGCCCGAAGAUAAGCUUAAACGAAAGAAUAUUAGUGAGAUUACCCAUUUCUGUACCUUACUCUCGAAUGAGAACGACAUUUCUGACAUUUAUGAAAUGACCAGGGAAGAGUUGAUGAGAUACUACAAAUCAAAGACUGGUCAAGACUUCAACACCACCAAGCGAGGUGUGAAAAGAGAGUUGGAAUCCGAUGAAGAAAAUAGAACAGGGAAUGAUAACGAAUAUGGAGAAAAGGUGUGGGAAUUUAGAUGGAAAGGAGACGAAGAAGUCAAGGGCCCUUAUUCAUCAUAUGAGAUGAAUUACUGGAAAGAAACUUACUUCGAAGGAGCUGUGGAAGUCCGCAGGUUGGGCGAAGAAUCAUUUAAGGAUGUAAUUGACAUUCAAUUUGAGCAGUAA